UCCGCUUCCGUUUGGGAGAAAAGAAAAGGAAAGAAAGAAGCGGAAAAUCAAAAUUGGCGCGAGAAUUCAUUUUCACACUUUCAUUUUGAGUAUUUUUGUUUUCUCUCUCAUUUCGCGGCAAACAAAAAUGUAUUGGGAAAUUUCAAACUUUCCCACUUUCCCAAACAGAAAUCAAAAUCACACCACUAACUCAUAUUUAAAUUAAAACCACACGCAUUCCUUCUCUUCCCAAAUUUGCUUCCCAUCCAGUUAUCUCUUUCUUUCUCUCUGUAAUUCAGCGUUUCGUUUCGUUGCGUUUCGAAGAAGUAGUAGAAAAUGGCUGGUGGAGCUGUGAAAUCGAAUCCGACGAAGACGAGGAAGAGAGUCGAAGCGUCUCAGGAAUCUACUGCGGCUUCUCUCGUUCGCGGCAAAGAUGGCAGUGCUUUUGCCCGUUGUGAGGAAUGCAGCAAAGAUGUUCCAGUUGCUUUGAUCAGCUUUCACAGUUGCAGCCUCGAUGCCAAAAUCAAAAUGAAUCUCGAGGCUCAAGUUGUGGAGAAGCCCAGUGAGACAAAUAAGCCGGAGAAGAAAAAGUCCUCAUCAACAGAACCCAAGCUGAAGAAAUCGAAAGUUGAGAAGAAGGGCAAGAAGGGGAAGGAUCCAAACAAGCCCAAGCGUCCUCCAACCGCUUUCUUUCUCUUCAUGGAUGACUUCAGAAAAGAGUUCAAAGAAGCCAAUCCUGACUCUAAGGAUGUUAAGAAGGUUGCGAAAGAGGGUGGUGAGAAGUGGAAUUCUUUGAGUGAUGAGGAGAAGAAAGUUUAUCAGGACAAAGCUGCAGAGCUUAAAGUGGAGUACCAGAAGGCCUUGGAGGCUGAUAGUGCUGAAGAUGCGGAGGAAGAAGCAGGUUCUGAGAAAGAAGCUCCAGAGAAGGAAGUACAAGAAGUGGAGGAAGUAUCUGAUGGAGAGUAGGAUAGCUGUGGAGUUUCUCUUUUGAAACUUCUUGAUAUUUGUUUCUGCUGGACAUUUUCCUUAACUCACUUGUUCUUGUAAAUUUUUUGAGCUGAUUGUUAGUCAAGAUGUUAAAAUUGUAGAUCAUCAUGGGGUGAAAUUUGUCCUUUUUGCCUA